UUCUAAAUCGGCCCAAAAGGGUAAAACCAAAAUAUAAAAGCAUAAAGGAGAGGAAGAUGCGUAGUAUACAUGAAAAGCGUAUAAUAACAAGAAUACCAAUUUCCUCAACAAGGUAUUCUUCCUUCAUAAUUCUUGUGCAGUUGGAAACCUCCUUUUGUUUCCUCCAACAAAUUGAAACCACAACUCCGAUCAAUACUCUGAAAUCGAACUUCUCGAUCUCAAAAGAUUCUGAGAAACCAAAACUUCUGCAUCAUGAAAUACAAGAAAGGAAGCAUAGUGGAAGUCCUUAACACAGACAAAGCUCCUUCCCAUUCAUGGCGUUAUGCUCAAAUAAUUUCUUACAACAAACACAACUACACAAUCAGAUACGAUCUCUACCAUGGAAACCAACAAGAAGAAGAAGAAGAAGAACACAUAUCAAGAAAAUUCAUCAGACCAUGUCCUCCAACAGUUGAAAUUUCAGAACACUACCCUGGUGAUGUAGUGGAAGUAUUUCACAAUCUUUCAUGGAAGAUGGCAAUCGUUUCCAAAUCUUUCAACUCGAACUUAUUUCAAGUAAGAUUAGUCGGAUCUUUCAUCGAGAUCAAAGCAAGAAAAUCAGAGCUCCGUGUACGCCAAUCAUGGCAGAAUAACAAAUGGGUUGUGAUUGGAACCCGAAACAAGAAGCAAAGGUACACUAAUGCUAAUGAUGAUGAUAGUGAUAGAGUUAGUGUUACUAGUUCUGUUGCUAGUUGCAGUGUUGAUGACAGAUUUGAGAACAUAAAAGAAGGUGAUGAUAGUGAUGAUGUGGAGUCUGUUUGUGAAGGAGGGUAUUUUGGGGAUAAUAAAAAGGAGUUGCGAUUAGGGGCAGAGAUACAUAGGUUAGAGUUGCAGGCGUAUAGGCGUACUAUUGAGGCAUUGCAUGCUUCAGGACCAUUAAGUUGGGAAAAAGAAUCAAUGGCCCAAAAGUUGGAGGCUUGUACACCUGGAUGCAUUGCUGGGUGUGCGUGUGCGUGUGCCACCUUCUCUGUUGGUGUUGGAUGACGUGGCACACACAAAAUAAGAUCUGUUGCAAACAGCUAAUCAUUACCCUUUGUGUUUUCGCCAUUCAACGACCAUUAUGAUGUUAAUUUGUGAAUGUUGAUGUUACAAAAAUACACAAAUUGUUGGUAUUUCCAAAAGUGGGUAAAAGUUCUAUAUGAAAUCAAAUCGGGUAGUCAAUGCUUUUUCUUUCGUUCAACUCCUACGGGUUGUUUGAUAUGCCUCUUGCGAGGUUUGAUGAGAGGCUGAGUUUGACUUGGUUAUAUUGAGACUGUUUGAUGUCAUAUUUAGAAAAAGGCUUUGGUUUGACCAACGGUCAUGACUCCUUUGAAAUGCAUCUUAAGGAUGAGGAUGACGACCGAGUGUUACUAAAUCAAACGUCGACUUGAUCAUAUUCAACGAACAACUAUUAAAUAACUCUUUACUUUUAGUAUUAGAACGCUAAUGAGAUAUAUGGUUUUUUAACUUUUUUGAUUAUAAGUCGGUAAUGGAGAUGGGAAACAUAACCAUUCCCUACACUAUAAAACUAAAAGGAAAGAGGCUUUGAUUGAUGCAAGAUUUAUAUAUUUGAAAAUAAACGGAUCUAAUUUAAAUCAUAUGAUUGUCAUCUAAAAAUAAGAGGGCAAUAUUGUCUUUUA